AUGAAUAAAGACAAAGACCCAACUGUGCUUUUGCAGUCAGACUUGUACAGGCGCAUCGCUCGUGCAUACGAGAACUUGCGGAAGUCGGGAACCGCCAACAUCUGGAUCGGGCUGGCGGAAGCGCGACUCCAAGCCCUCAAGGCAAACUGGGCGAAGUUCCAGUUUCAGCAUGACAAGCUGCUCGAACUCUGGGAGGCCCUGUCGGAGAGGGCGUAUGUAAACACCGACAUGCCAACCUUAGCGGAGGAAGCUUACGUGACGCAAAAGGGUAUGAUCCUUGACACCCUUCGACGCCUCCGAGCCGCGGAGAAGGUCGAGAAUGCAGCCUUCGGACCGGCUCCGUCACAGCCGGCGCGAACGACCCUGCCGAGGAUCCAGCUCCCGCAGUUCUCCGGACUCUACGAGGAUUGGCCUUCGUUCCGCGACCUCUUCGACUCUCUCAUCGGAAGGGAUGCAUCCGCCGCUGACGUCGAGAAGCUUCACUACCUAAAGGCGUGCCUGAAAGGAGAAGCAGAGCUCAUGAUUCGAAGUCUACCUGCUACAGGCGAGAACUUUGGUCGCGCGUGGAAGGUUCUCACGGAUUACUACGAGAACAAGCGCUUGCUCGUGCGGUCCUACAUCGCGAGGUUGACAGCAAUCCAGCGAAUGAGGGGUGAGUCAAGUGCGGACCUACGCAAACUUUAUCACGGAGUGCUAAGUACCGUCGGCUCACUCGAGCGCAUCGGACGACCGAUCGCGCGCGGGGAAGAUCUCUUCGUGCAUCUCGUGGUGGAUCUGUUGGACACCCGGUUGCAACGCGAGUGGGAGAGUGCGAUGAGCGACACGACGGAUCCGCCGUCGUACGCGGAGUUGAUCCAGUUCCUAGACCGACGGCUACACACGCUUGAGUCGUUGGUGCCGAGCAAACCGGAGACGAGUCCCGCGAAACCGGCUACGAAUUCCGGGCGUCCGCCGCGCGUUCUUUACGCCCGGAAACCGGAGAGCAAACGCGGUCAGUGUACGAUGUGUCACCAAGAGCACUACAUUAUGCUCUACGACGCGUUCAAGGCAAAGACGGCGUCGGAAAGAAGGAAGCACGUCGAAGCAAACCAGCUGUGCUUCAACUGCCUUGGGAGGCACAGGGCAAGCGAGUGCCCGUCCAAGAAGACGUGCUCGUCGUGCGGCGAACGGCAUCAUUCGCUUCUCCAUCACGCGGGCAACACCUCCGAGGUCGCCAGAUUGUCGCUCUUCGCGAACCGAAGCGCGAGGCCCGCACCGGCAGUGCUUCUCGCGACCGCGCGCGUUCGAGUGGCCGACAAAUUCGGAGUCCUGUACGCCGUGCGCGCCUUGGUGGAUCAUGGCUCCGAAAUCACGCUCGUGGCCGAAUCGCUAGCGCAGCGUCUGCAGCUGGCCCGCGCACCUACCUCCAUCGUUAUCGUCGGCGUUGGCGGGCGAUCCACGGGCGAUCGGGGCCAGGUUGAGCUCGCGCUCUCGCCGCUGCGCGACGGCCCGCCCAUGCAGAUCUCGGCCUUCGUUUCGGGCGUCCGCCGCGCGUUCUUUACGCCCGGAAACCGGAGAGCAAAAGCGGUCAGUGUACGAUGUGUCACCAAGAGCACUACAUUAUGCUCUGCGAACGACGGCCCGCCCAUGCAGAUCUCGGCCUUCGUUUUGGACCGGCUGACGACGACCAGCGGCGGCCUCCGUGCAGACCGGCACUCCUGGCGGCACCUCGACAACCUGGAGCUGGCCGACCCGGACUUCUUCGCCGCCGAUCCAGUAGAGCUUCUCCUGGACGCCGAUGUCUGCGCGGACAUCCUCCAGCCAGGUAUCCGCCGCGGAGGACGCCACCAACCUGUGGUACAAAAGACAACGUUGGGUUGGAUCCUGUCGGGCGCCGUCGGCAUCACGGCCGCCGCGCGGACCGUUCACACAUACCAUUGA